CGAGUAAUCUCUAUUGUAGUUACUGAAUUUGGCAUAGUUCAUCGUUGCAAAUGUAAAAAUUUAUCUUGUGGGGCAAGCGCUAACUGUUGAUCUUUUUUCGAGCUUUGUUUAGAUCUGAGAAAUGAAAAUGUUAAAACUGUCUUCAAGGUCCAUUUCAAGUCAAAUCACCUAGAACUUCAAGCAAUAUGGCUGAUACUAAUGAUAAGGAUCAAUCUCAGAUAAACAUACCAAUUACAACUAUUGCAAGAAUCUUUCGAGAAUUAAGUUUUAAACAACAAAAUACACGUAUAACAUUAAAUUCAUUAGAGUUAUCAAGUCAAUAUAUAAAUCUAUUUAUAAAUGAAGCUAUAUUACGAUCGAAUGAAGAACGUAUAGCAGAGGGGGAUGAAUUGGAUAAAGUGGAUGGGAUAGAUGGGAUAUCAGAUAAUCAACGUCAAUUACAUCAAGCAGAUCAAGAUGAGCAAGAAUUGAACGAUUAUGAUGAAUAUCAACAACAACAACAUGAAGAAGGUGACGAAGAAGAUGACGAUACUGUUGAUGAUCCACCAGAAACACAAACUCAACCAAAGAGACAAGACGAUGUUAAAUUGAAUGAUGUGCUUGAUUCCCAUCAUUUAGCAAAAGUAGCAGGGUUAUUAGUACUUGAUUUUUAAUCAAAGAAUGAGUUUACCAAUGGUGUACAUUCAAUACAUGCCUGUGGUGGUUUGAUAUCAUUAGCCACAAGACUAAUGGACCGCAAAUUAAUAAACGUUGAUGAUUCAAUUUGAUUAGGUGAAAAUAAAACUAUAUUCAAAAGGUAUAGAUCGGCAUCAUAGGAAUAAAUAAGGUUGGAAGCUUGUUGAUGAAAGCUUCUUAAAUCUAUAUCAAAACCAGCAAGUGAUAAAACAUUGGAAAUUUCCGGCUUAUUAAAGUCUCCAUUUGGAAUGAUAACAUUAAUCUGAGCAUGGUUAUACUUAUCAUGGAAGGUCAU